CAGUUGGAACAAAUCAAAGCUAACAAAAUUAAUACAAAUGUUUCCGAGUAAACUGAACUUUACCAGUUCCCACUCCCUUCGCUCACAACUCGUGGGCUGAGAUUGGGAAAUGAAUGAUCAUUUGUUUGAUGGUCGGUGCAUUUGAGAAUUCGAGGUCGCUGAUGUCGGUCUUAUCUGAAAGAAAAAAAUCCCUUUCGCGGGUGGGUAUUCCUUCAGACGCGAAGAGCGAGUUAAUCAUUUUUCGGAGAAUGAAGACAACGCCACUAUUUUCAUGGAUUCUGGUGCUCGUUGCUACCGCGUGCCAUCCCUACGGUUUCUGAGAGAAGCGAACUGAAGACUCUGUACAACCUCAUCAGUCGUUGGGACGAUUUCGUAUUCCAGCGAGAAUGGAAACAAAACGCCUGUGUUCCUGGGUUCUGAUUCUUGGGAUCACUCUCGGUCCGUCCUUCCUAGGCAGCGAGGCCCGCGCUGUGGGCACCAACACCGAUCGAAUUAAGGACGCCAUUCAACUGGGAAUAGAGGAAAACAGCGCCGCCUACAUUUUCACACAGAGCAAAACUUCCGACCAGUUGGCCAUUGACUACCUCGAGAAGGAGCGACAAAGGAAUACAACACUUGACCAAGUGUGGGACCGCGCAGUCAAAGGAAUGGGAGAUAAACCCCUGCCCGACGGGCUCCGGAGGGAACACCUGUUAGCCGUGUACGCCUAUACUGACAGCGAACGCAAUCAAUUCUACAGGGAGUUCAACAAUGCGGUGCGGAUGUAUGGAACUAGCGAUUCGGUCUACGCAGGUAAUUUCCCAUUCAAGAGUGUCCAUUAUCUCCUUUCUGUUGCCCUCGAUAGACUGAGGGAGAUCGCGGGCAGUGCACCAGGCACGACUUAUAGGGGAAUGGUGGAACAGGUACUACCUCCGAAGAACAACAAAAUGAGAUUCGGCUACUUCGCGUCUUCGUCUCUCAACACAAGUAUCGCUAUGAAAUACGCCGGGAAGACCCUCUUCGAGAUUAAAUCUCAGUUCGGUGUCGCAAUCUACAACCACUCGCGUAUACCCGAAGAAAUGGAGGUGCUGAUCCCGCCCUUUGAAGUGUUUAAUGUCACCAACGUCUCCACAGGCAACGGAAGAGUCACUGUUUCCCUCGAGGGGGUGGGGAGUGAAGGUAUCCCGGUGAAAGUUGAGCGGGGGAAGGGCGGCGAGAUGCGAGUGGUUCGUAGUUCAGGGGUCACCUUUUCCCCCAGGUUGUGCAUCCUGGCGCUGCUGGUUCAUAUUUUCGCCUAAAUGUUGGUUGCCUACUUACUGAGUACCUAUGCUGAACCUCAGGGGUUCUCAAUGUAUCAGAGGUGGUAUAAAUGCUUUCCUACAUGCAAGAGAACUGCCGAGCGAUAUAUGAAAGGACUUGGGAGUAAAGAAAGGCAACGGAGAGGACAUUAACAAAUGAAUUAAAGGAACAUUUUAAAAUAAAUAGUCAAAUGGUCUCAUUGCGCUUUGUACAAGAUUUUACGCCGUUGCGGAAUUGUAAAGUUGUACAGAUUCAGCGCUUGGACACAAUGCAUCAAUGACGGUCUUCAACGCUAAUCCAUUAAGGCGCAUUAAGAGCGUCAGUUUAUGCACUCUGCCUAUUUCUGUAUCGGUCUAAAUGCCUCUGAAGGGCAACAAAAUAAUAAAA